GAUAGAUUGGCCAGUGUGGAAGCGCAAGCUCCUCGAGACUGCAUUCGGGUUAUUUGCGUCCGCUAUUUCUGAAGAGGAAGCUCGAUUGGGCAAUCCUUGAUUUUGGCCCCUCCACCCCACGUUGCUAUCCAUGCCGAUGAUAACCAUGUUAUCGUGAAGUCAUAAGGACAUGUCAACAAUCUUCUUGCUAUUCCAAGUCACUUCUUCUACUUUCACAUCUACAAGACCAACUAUUCAAAGCAUAAUACAACGACAAUGAGCUCCUUCGAUAUCACAGCUACAAGAAAGUGCUUCCCAUCAUUGGACAAGAAGCAAGUGUACCUUGACAAUGCCGGUGGUAGUCAGACCUUAGGGACUGUUAUAGACAGCAUCUAUGAUUACCUCAUCAAUUCCAAUGUUCAACUCGGUGGUUCAUACAAUGUGGGCAAGAAAGCAAAUACAAGUUACUCUGCAGGAUAUGAAGCAGCGGCAAAAUACAUCAAUGCACCCCCAUCUAAUAUUGUCCUCGGUUCAAGCACAACUCAGAAUUUCCGAAACCUUUCUCAAGCUUUUGACUUUCCACCGGAUUCUGAGUUGAUCAUAUCAUCUAUUGAUCAUGAAUCCAACAUUGCCUCCUGGGUCGCUCUCGCUGCAUCUCAAAAGUUUACUAUCAAAUGGUGGACUCCACCUGCGUCAAGUAACCCAAUUCUGACUCCUGAAUCACUUCGCCCCCUUCUCUCCUCCAAGACCGCUCUUGUAACCCUCACUCACGCCUCCAACAUUCUCGGUACCAUCCACGACAUCCGCGGCAUCUCCGACGUCGUGCAUACCAUCCCAGGUGCACUCCUCUGUGUCGACGGCGUAGCCUACUCUCCUCACCGUCCCCUCGAUGUCCAAGCCCUAGGCGUAGACUUCUACGCCUUCAGCUGGUACAAAGUCUACGGCCCUCACAUUUCCCUCCUCUAUGCCUCUCCUUCCGCCCUCUCCUCUCUAAAAUCCCUCGGCCAUUUCUUCAACCCGAGCAACACCCUCGCCGAUAAACUCGCUCUCGCAGGCUCAAAUUACGAGCUCACAGGCUCAAUCCCAAGAGUUGUCGAGUAUUUCGAAACCCAAUCUUGGGAGGCAAUUUCUCUUCAUGAAGAAACGCUUCAGAAAACUCUCCUUCAAUAUCUUCUAUCUAGAUCUGAGAUCCAGAUUCUUGGCGAACAAUCUUGGGAUACGAAAAAGAGAGUUUGUACGAUCAGCUUCCUCGUACAAGGGUUUGGAAGUCGAGAAUUCGUGGAAAAGGUAGAUGAGAAAAGCACGGGGGAAGUGGGGAUUAGAUGGGGAAUGUUUUAUAGUAAUCGAUUGUGUAAAGACGUGUUGGGAUGUGGAGAUCAGGGAGUGGUGAGAGUUAGUUUCGUGCAUUACAAUAGUUUGGAGGAAGUAAAUCGCUUGAUUGGAAUCUUUGAUGAGAUCCUGGGGAAGGCAUAAAUAUAUGCACGUACAUACACGAGGAAAACAGUUGAUUGUGCUUGCAUGCUAGCUAAAUAACAAAUUCAAAGAACUCGAUAUCAAAAUCCACUGAAAUACCAAGCAUUAAUACCUUACCACUGUUUCCUACUUCCA